UACAGUUAUUACGUGGUUUUAUGCCAUGUACAAAUUUUUUGCCCUAAUAAUCAGGAGAAAGAAAAAAAUAAAAUUAUAGGGUUAGGGCUUCAUUUUAAUUUUCUUCUCCCAUCAAAAUUUCCCUUUUCUUAAUUUUCCAAAUUUAUUCAGCUCUUUAAUCUUCGAUUUCCAAAAAUAAUUAUUUGCUUUACUGUUUCCAAUUUUUUAUUUUUGGAGAAUCUGAUCAAAAUUUCAAUCUUCUAGGAUUUCAUACUUUUCGUAGAUACAUUUAUAUGAUUUCAAGAUCCGAGCUGUGCAUUAUAAUAUCUACUUUUGUGGUUUAAUAUUAAAUUCAGUACAUCUUUUUCUUCUUAUUUCAUGGUUAAAAUUUUUGUUCUUAUUUGAAUUUUGGCUCUUUAAUAACUGCGUUCGUACAAUUACAGAGUCCUUUGUAGUGCCAUUAGUUUAUUUACAUUCAACCAAAAACUGGGUUUGCAUCGGUUUAUUUUAAGGCACAUUCUGAAGUAUAUUUUUAUUUGGUGGCGAUUUGAGUGUAGGGAGUAAUGUUUAAUAUCUGCAUCAAAUUUUCAAGUGUUAUGAGCUGUUUGGGAGUUUGAAGACGCCAUUAGCUUUCCUAAUAAUUGCUGAUUUUUCAAUUUUAUUAUUGGUAGUUUAAAAUUAAUAGAACAUAUGUACUAGAAUUCUAGUUCUUUUUUGGGAAAUUUUAGUAAUAUUUUGGAGUGAAUGUAUCCUUCUGGAAUGGAUUAUGGGCGUGAAAGUGGCAUCGUGUUGAUUCCCACCCGUUUUGUGUGGCCUUAUGGUGGGAGGAGCGUGUAUAUCAGUGGCUCGUUCACAGGGUGGACCCAAUGGCUGAUGACUCCUCUUGAGGGAUGCCCUACCGUGUUUCAGACAGUUUGUAGCCUGCCACCUGGUUAUCACCAGUAUAAAUAUGUUGUAGAUGGUGAAUGGCGACAUGAUGAGCACCAGCCUUUUAUUAAUAGUAACUUUGGAACUGUGAACACUGUCCUUUUAGCUAGGGAAUCCAAUUACCUUCCUGCAAUCGUAAGUCCACAAAUGCCUCCUGGUUCUAGCAUGGAUGUCGAUAAUGAGACCUUUCAGCAUGUGGUUCGUGUGUCAGAUGGUACAUUGCACGAUCCCUUUAGAAAAAUUUCAGCAGAAGAUUUGCAGAUGUCCCUACAUCAUAUAGCUGUAUUCAUGUCCACACACAUGGCUUAUGAGUUGCUUCCGGAAUCAGGCAAGGUCAUUGCUUUGGAUGUCGACUUACCUGUGAAGCAAGCAUUUCGUAUUCUGCACGAGCAGGGAAUACCUAUGGCUCCUUUAUGGGACUUCAGCAAGGGGAAGUUUGUAGGAGUUCUUAGUGCACUGGAUUUUAUUUUAAUUAUGAGGGAGCUUGGAAAUCAUGGUUCCAAUCUCACGGAGGAAGAGCUUGAGACACACACAAUAUCUGCUUGGAAAGAAGCGAAAUCAUACAUGAACAGACAAGUAAACGAGCAACAGGUUGCGUUUUUAGGACAUCUUGUGCAUGCUGGGCCAGAUGAUAACAUCAAAGAAGUUGCACUGAAAAUUUUGCAAAACAAUGUGGCUACAGUUCCUAUUAUUCAUUCACCUUCAGAGGAUGGAUUAUACCCACAGCUGCUACAUUUAGCUUCUCUUUCUGCAGUACUAAAAUGUCUUUGUCGGUAUUUCAGACAUUCACUAGGGUUAUUGCCAGCACUUCAAAUGCCAAUUUGUGAAAUCCCUGUUGGAACUUGGGUUCCCAGAAUUGAAGAGCCAAAUGUUCAGCCGUUGGCUGUGUUGAGGCCGAGUGCUUCCCUUAGCGAUGCACUGAAUUUGUUAGUUCAAGCUCGAGUAAGUUCAAUUCCCAUUGUUGACGAAAAUUAUUCAUUGCUGGACGUAUAUUCUCGAAGCGAUAUCACUGCUUUGGCCAAGGACAAAAGUUAUGUGCACAUCAAUCUUGACGAAAUGACUAUUCAUCAGGCACUGCAGCUUGGAGAAAACCCUCAUUCGCCUUGUGGGAAUAACAUUCAAAGAUUUUACAUGUGUUUGAGGUCGGACCCUCUGUUUAAAGUAAUGGAGAAAUUAUCCAAGCCAGGUGUUCGACGGCUCAUUGUCGUGGAGGCUGGAAGCAAGCGCAUAGAAGGCAUUGUUUCGCUGAGCGAUAUUUUUAGGUUUCUCUUGGGACUUUGAAAAGCUGGCAAGCGUGUAUUUCAUCAUGGCAUCGAAAUGCUAAUCCAACUCCUGGUGGAAGUUGUGUUCUUAUGCUGUCUGAUCUAGAUUCUUUUGUAUAUAACAUACAAUUGGAUUGGCCUUGACCUUGAAGAGGGACAGGUUUAUUAGGUGAAUAUGCUCAGGAAUGAAGCAUGUAAAUUGUAAUGGUGGGAUUUUCCUGGAUCCUUCUGGUUUCCCCUCACCCUGAAUUGUGUGGCUAAUAUAGCUGCCAUUUUUGUGGAAAAGAAAGUGGGGGCUGUUAACAGUUCCUGCUAUUUCCGGUGUUUUAUGCGUAGUUCUUGGCCUUGUUCUGGUUAAAAAAUCAGUCUUGGAAAAAAAUGUAUUGAUUUGGAGAAUUUUCAGUCGAGAAAUAUUUUUUUACUAUGAAAUGCUGAAUUGCUGCUAAUGUAACAAAAAGUCACAAAUAAUAGUGUGAGAUUAUUACGUGGCAAUUUGAAAGUA